AGCUAUUCAAACAUUAUUUUGUAAGUCUUCGUCGCGUGCAGUAUUUUGAAAAGUUCGCUCGCCACGUGAUGUGACGUCACGCGAAGGCGUCGAGCUUUUCCUGUUGAGGAAGCGAUCAGCCCUGCAUCUCGAGUGCAAUGACAGCCUGAUUUUCACACAAUUACCCUCGCGUUUGUGUUUCAUUUUCGCCGCGACAUUGAAAAAAUAUGGCAGACACUGGAAAUCGUUUGCGCAAGUUACUGGAGUCUCCUAAUUUUGAUCCUCAGUCGUACGUGAAGCAGCUCUCGCAGCAGUCGGAUGGGGACCGGGACUUACAAGAACACCGUCAGAAAAUACAAACACUGGCCGACGAAACCGCGCAAAACCUGAAGAAAAAUGUUUAUAAGAACUACAGGCAGUUUAUUGAGACAGCCAAGGAGAUUUCUUACUUGGAAAGUGAGAUGUAUCAGUUGAGUCACAUUCUCACUGAGCAGAAGAGCAUAAUGGAAAGCAUUACCCAGUCUCUCCUGUCUACAGAUAAAGAUGAAGCUGCCAAAGAAAUGCUCGCGGCCUUCCCAAAGGAAACCGAGGAGGUUAAACAAAGAACCCUGACAACACUAUUGGAAAAAGUGGAAGGAUGCAAGAACAUCAUGGAAACCCCAGGAAGAUAUCUGGUCUAUAAUGGUGAUCUUUUGGAGUACGACGCAGAGAACAUGUCGCAGAUCCAAAAGGUCCACGCGUUUCUGAUGAACGAUUGCCUGCUCAUCGCGACUUGGCUGGCGAACCGCCGCGGAGCCGUUAAAUACAAAUACAAUGCGUUGUACGAUCUAGAAAGCUUCGCGGUUGUGAACGUGAAAGACAACCCUCCAAUGAAAGACAUGUUCAAAAUCCUCAUGUUCCCCGAGAGCCGCAUUUUCAAAGCCGAGAACAGCAAGAUCAAGAAAGAGUGGCUGGAAAUUCUGGAGGAAACGAAGAAGAACAAAGUGGCCAAAGACAAAAACGUAAAGGAAGAGGAAGUUCCGACGUCGCCCGUCCGACAGGAAGUCUCCACAAACCCAUUCGACGAGGAUGAGCCUCUGUAUUCGGAGGAGCUGGUGGAUCUCAGUCCCGAAUGGAUCCAGGAGCUUCCAGAAGACCUCGACGUGUGCAUCGCCCAGAGAGACUUUGAGGGUGCCGUUGACCUUCUGGAUAAGCUCAACGAAUAUCUGAAGGAGCAACCGGUGAGCCCACGAGUGAAGGAGCUAAGAGGGAAGGUGGAUGAGCGCGUUCGGCAGCUGACGGAGGUCCUGGUGUUCGAGCUCUCGCCCGAUCGCUCGCUCCGCGGAGGACCUAAAGCCACGCGGCGAGCUGUCUCUCAACUCGUUCGCCUGGGACAGUCCACAAAGGCCUGCGAGCUGUUUCUGAAGAACAGAGCGGCGGCCGUCCAGACCGCCAUCCGCCAGCUUCGCAUCGAGGGCGCCACGCUGCUCUACAUCCAAAAGCUCUGCAACAUCUUCUUCACCAGCCUGCUUGAAACCGCCAGGGAGUUUGAGACGGAUUUCGCAGGCAACACCGGCUGCUACUCGGCCUUUGUGGUCUGGUCGCGUUCAGUGAUGAAGAUGUUCGUCGAUGCCUUCAGCAAGCAGGUGUUCGACAGCAAAGAAAGCUUGUCCACCGCUGCGGAGUGCGUGAAGUUCGCCAGCGAGCACUGCAUGCAGCUGAGCGAGAUUGGCUUGGACCUGACCUUCAUUCUGCAGUCCUUGCUGGUGAAGGACAUCAGGGCGGCUCUCCAGAGCCAGAAGGACAUCAUCAUAGAAGCCACCAGGCAUCGUAACUCUGAGGAGAUGUGGCGCAGGAUGAACCUGAUGACUCCCGAAGCUCUGGCCAAGCUCAAGGACGAAAUGCGCAGCUGCGGGAUUAGCAGUUUCGACCAGUACACGGGAGAAGACUGCUGGGUCAACCUGAGCUACACCAUUGUGGCCUUCACCAAGCAGAUGAUGGCCUUCCUGGAAGAAGGGCUGAAGCUGUACUUCCCAGAGCUGCACAUGGUGUUUUUGGAGAGCCUGCGGGAGAUCAUACUGGUGGCGGUGCAGCACGUGGACUACAGCCUGCGCUGCGAGCAGGAGGCCGAGAAAAAGGCCUUUAUUCUGCAGAACGCUUCCUUCCUGCAUGAGACCGUGCUUCCGGUUGUGGAGAAGCGGUUUGAGGAGGGAGUUGGGAAACCAGCCAAACAGCUCCAGGAUCUGAGGAAGAGCUCUCGGCCUGUCAGGGUCAACCCCGAGAGCACCAUGUCCGUCGUUUAAUAGAGAUCCGUUUGGAUGUGAACUAGAGCUCUUCAAUACAUUUCACUACAUUGCACUCGCGUGACUCCUGUUUGGUCUUGCGAUACACUCCUAACUCUUUAAAGGAAAAAAACCCUGAAAAUAAAAAUUCUGUAAUUUUUUUUUUUACUCGCCUUUGUGACUAACCUAGAAAGAAAAAAAAACGAACCGCAAAACAUUGCAUCUUUUACAUUUCUGCCACAGAAUAAAGCAAAAUAGGUCAUUGUGAUCUCGUGAUUCUGGGGAAAAAGAAAGGCAGGGUAUAUACGUAAUCACAAUUUAUGAAUGAGUGUUGUAGAGUAAAAAAAGUAGUCUUGUGACUAAUUGCAAAUUUAGAUUUUCAGAGUUUACAUCCCACAAUUCUGGCUUUUCUUCUGAGUGAAUUUAUUGCUCACAGUUCGAAUGUGUCAGAAUUGCUUAUAAAUUGAAAUUGGUAAUACAUUAAUAGCUUGCAAUUCAGCCUUUUUUUAAAAUUGCAAUUAUUUGCGAGCCAUAAGUGAGAAUUGUUGAGAAUCUUUUUUAUUCUGUGGCAAUGGUAUAACACUUAAAUUGAAUGAUAUUAGGUGUAUUAAUUGUGCUUUGAUGAGAGAUCAGCUGUUCUUUAGUCAUAUAUAAUAAACUGUGUAUUAAGUAAAUGUAAAUGAACAUUGCCCUGUUGUAAUAUAAAGUUUUCAUUUGUCAUUUCAAUCAAACAUAAAGACAGAUGUAAAGAUGAAAACGCUUUUAUUUAUACUGUUUUCUUUUAAGCGUAUUUUUGCACACAUAAAAUAACAUGUUUGGUUUAAAAAAGCAAGGUGCAUUAAACUCACUAAAAAUA